AUGUUCGAAUACCGAUUUAGCGUUCUCUUUAUAAAAUCUAGAGACAUUUGGGCGACAGCCAGAAAACCUUGGCUACUCCUUCACUAUGUUGCUGCAAUUGUCUACAUGGUUCCUCCAUUUUUUGAUCAUGGAGACCAAAGGGAUAUUCUUGAAGAAGCAUAUCGUCGGGCUCCUUGUAUUCCACUAUUCAUAAAAGAUGCUCCAGUUUUCAUAUUGAGUUUGAACAUUGUGUAUUCUUCCAUUGCCGUCGGAACAUUCGUAUUGGAUAUUUGUAUUGAAAUACUAUUUUUCUUUUUCUAUAUCUACUGGAAAAUAUUGAAACAACUGAAAGGUCGAUCCAUGUCCCAAAGAACUUUUAAUCUCCAAAAAGUUCUUCUCGUCGCUCUUUUCAUUCAAGUCAUGAUUCCAUUGAACCUAUUUAUUUUUCCAAUUAUUUAUACAGCGUAUGCAACCACCUCAGGUUACUACAACCAAGGAUUCAAUAACUUGGCAAUUGCAAUCGGGUCAACUCACGGAAUAUGUUCUACGGUUACAAUGCUUCUCAUCCAUACUCCGUAUCGGAGUGUAUUAUUCGGAAGUCGAGUUAGAACAAACAUGGAAACGGUUUCAACUAAACUCUCUAUUGUUAUGGUCUGA